UUUUCUGUGAUUGUAUCAAAUUUUACGAAUAUGUCAACGGUUUCUGCAAGUGAGGUAACCGUUCGUCAGCAUAGAAAGGAAGAUAUUACAUUUCUGCAGCAGUUUGUUAAAGAGGAAGGAUGGGACUGGUCUAUGUAUGAGCAUUUGUCGAACACUAGACUCGAUCCAAACUACCUCCUUGUGGCUGAAGACAAAUCUGGCGAGCCUGUUGGAUUUUGCGGGAUAACCAAGAAUGCUCCGGACACGGUAUUCGUAUCUACUUUCAUUGUCCGUAAAGAUCUUCGACGCAGCGGCAUAGGACGAGUACUGUGGAAAGCAAUGUUACAAAGGGCGGGAAAUCAAAAUAUAGCUCUGGACGCAGUAAACGUAAUGGUAGACUGGUACAAGGAGAAUGGGCUCCAUUUUCAAACGUUCAGAACCUUCUGUUGCUUCUUCACUAUUACAGAUGAUAUGAAAAAAAGUUAUUUGUCCAAUUAUGACACCAUCACUCUAUCUGAAGAAAUGUGGCCUGCUUUAAUGGCAUAUGAUCGGUAUACAUAUCCAAACUUUGACCGAACGACGAUACUUCGUGCAUGGUUUUCAGGAGAUGAUGUUCGCGUUGCUGUUGCCAUGGAUGCAGGGAAAAUUGUAGGUUAUGGAAGCAUUCACAAAAAGCCAAACAAUGAAUACGGUCUCCGCAAUGUCUGUGGUGACAACGAAAACGUCAUCGAAGCAUUAUUGCAUGAUAUUGUUUCAGGAUUACCAAAGGGAGCUGUUGUUUAUUUCUUUCUACUAGAUGACAAGCCCUUGCCGACAUACAUCAAACACAGCGUAAAAUAUGAUGAAGCAGUGGUGCGAAUGUAUAGCAAAUUCAAAAUUGAAACCACUGCAAAAAUGUGGCUUGCCGCAGUGUUUUUUGUCUGAAGAUAGUCUAGAUUAUUAGUUUCCUACUGGCUGAAAACCAGUUUCGGGGACUACGAGAUUGCACUUUUCCGUACGUCCGUUAUUCCGUCUGUCAUUUCAUAAGUUCGUUCACACUUUCACUUCCGAUUCAAAACUCAUUAAAGGAUUGUAAUAUUACUUGGCAUAAAUAUUUCCCAAUAUGAGUCGACUUGUCAGCCGCAACACCGAUAUCACUAGAUGAAAGGUCAACUGGGCUUGUUGCUAUAUCUUCUUCUAUUUAAUAUGAUGAAGUAUUUCAUUACAAUUGUUCUCUUAUUUUCCGACGAAUUUAAAAAUGAAAUGUCACUAAAAAGUUACAUUAACAAAGGUUAACAGUAAUUAACAAUUGUGAAUGUUUAGAUAUGCAAACAUAAUUACAAACAUUUUGUGCUGUAUCAUAUUGUCUAUAUAGCACAAUAUUGUAUAUACAUUAAUGGCAGACAUAAGAUCAUUUGAUUAUGCUGAAGUUGAGAUAAUAAGUCACCUUCCACUAGGGGACUUUGUAUUUUACUUCGCUAUGCAUCAUCCCUAUUGUUUCCCAAUAAAAAAAAUAAAAUCAUUUCUAAAACUUAUAGACUCAAAUUUAAUGCAGUGACACUUUGAUACAAAUCCGACAUUGAUAUAAUAUUAGAAAAAAAAAACAAGAAACAGUAUUAUAUCAAGCAUAAUGAUUCUAUCAAGCAUAAUAUUUCGUGCCCUCACUGAAUGGAGUUUGCUUCAAAUUCAGUCCAAAAUUAAACUUUAAUAUCGGUCCACUAUUGUUGAUGUCGGAACCAAUAUCUGACCGGUAUAACGUUAAUUUUGCAAAACUGAUGUCGGGCCAAUUGUUAUGUAUAUGUCAUCCCCAUUCAUGUUUAACUUUAUUGAUAAGUCAUUGUUUAUUAAUCUAGUUUUGAGACAUCAUGUAAACAUUUUCUUUUAUAUUCUAUGGUAAUCCAGAGUGGUCUACCACAAUACUGAUAAAUAGUGUGUAUUACUAACAAUUAUUUUUAGAAAGGAUUGUUCUUUGUUUUUCCAGAAUGUUCUUUUUAUUCUUAGUGUUAUAUGGAAGUUCUAGAACCUUCCAUGAUACAAUAAAUAUGAUGCUGUUUGACACCAGGCCAGAAUCUAAAGUUAUAAUAUUAUUGAAAACUUUCCUGUAUUUCUUAAUAACAAAAUAUUACCAGUUUGGAUAUCUAACAUUUGAAGGAUUUACAUUAAAAUUGUAGCUUUAAAAAGUUAUCUUUGAAGAAAGGAUUUAUAUUCUUUGGAUAUACUAAAUCUGGUUUUGAACUGCUGUGAAAUAUUGUGGCAUUUAUAUUGAUUGGGUUUGAAUUUGACCUGGACAUGAUUUGGACUAUUUUUGCACAUAAGAUUUGAUUUUACGGCUUUUGACAUUUUUAAAUGGUAUUUGAAUUGUUGCUUAAAUUUACGAAUGAAAUUUUGUUAUUGUUAAUAGCUGCUGGUUUAUUUUUCUGUUACUUUUAUUUACUUUAACAAAAAAUUGUUAAAAUUGUUAAAAUUGUUACCCUUGGCGUAAUACAAUAUUGAAAACCAUAUCUUAAUAUGUAACGGUCGCUGAGGUGAAUACACUCAACAAAAUUCCCAAUCGUUCAGUUUAUAUUGUAUUACCAUUUUGUUAAUAGUACAUGUAUUCACACAACAUUUCACAUACCGACAUUUGAAAAGGUACUGCAGCUAAUUAAUAAUUUAUUUUUGGCGACUCACGGCCAAAGUAACUGCAUUAGGCGUUUAAACCAAUAUUGCAUAUUUUGCACGUGCAGGGCAUGUGCACCAACAUGCACGUAUUCGUUUACACUUUUGGCAUUACCGACGAAAGUCAUACUAGAAAAACAUAUAUCAUGGUGAAAUUGACACACGAGCAACGCGAUCGAGCUGUCGGAAUGUUGCUAGCCUGAAUACAUUUACGCCACGUGUGUAAUUAUUUUUGCAGUUGCAAAAGAAUUUUGAUAUAAUUUGUUUGGAGCUGUUACUUUUAGGGUUAUUUCCAUUUUGAACUUAUUUCCGUUUACAAUAACCUUCAAUCUUUGGUUAUCUACCAUCCGUGUUCUUAUGGAGAAAUUUAACCAAAGUACAAUUCAUUGAAGUGGCCGACUUUGAAAUUUAUUGUAAAAGUCCGAAGGCCCGGGCGCGUUGCUCUUGUGUCAAUUUCAUGAUGAUAUGUUUUUUCUAGUAGGACUUUUGUCAGUAAUGCCAAAAGUGUGCAUAUUGGUGCACAUGCACUGUACGUACGAAAUAUGCUAUAUUGGUCAACACACUUAAUGCAGUUACGUAGGCCGUGAUUCGCCAGAACUAAAUCAAUAAUUAGCUGCAGUACCUAUUCAAAUAUCGGUCUGUGAAAAAAAAAAGACCGAUUACGAAUUUUUGUGAGUGUAGUAUGUUUCACUACUUAAUUCAAAAUUUGUUUUAAAAAUAAAUCUAGUAGUAACCUAAAACACAUUACUGGGACAAUGUAAUCAACAACCUGACUGGGAUGUUAGUUAUAGUUUCAUGAAAUGCUUGGUCACGGCAAUUUUCUAGUUUUAUUCCGUAAAAGUAUAAAAAGGUUCUGUUAAAAAGGUUAUAACCCAACUAGGCACGCCGCUUAUUUGUGUUGAUACCUUUUUUACAGUUGGACAAUACGCUUUCCUCUUUUAUGGUGGCUGUGAGGUUGAAGACUCUACGAUAGACAGAACUUUUUAAAAGACCACUAGGGUUCAAUUUCUUUGAAAUUUGUCUCCCAACAAAUAGUAUUGAUUCUCUACAAAAGCAUCGAGGACGUGCGUAUAGGUUAACGUACACCAAAUGGGAAAUUGGAGCAAAACCAAUUGCAGUCGCCAAUGGCGGUCAGUUUCGCUCUGUAGAGAAUCUCUCCUUAAAUUUAAUGCAAUUAAUCUUGCAAUAAAAUACAUCAUACUUCUAGGCUUGGCAUUUUGGAAGCAUUUUCCUCAUACAAUUUUACUCAUGAAAAGUUCUAAAGCCAUAUAUCACCGCUACAAUUUGGAUUUCAUUUUAGAUCUGAUUUUUCAGUAAUUUUGUUUGAUUGAAAAUAUUUUUCUAACCCCAUUUUUCUUUUGAGUUUGAUUCAGCACUGACAAUGUUCAGAUAGUUAGUCUGCCACAUAUACUUUGUUCAACUGCAAACUAGAUCCCUAAGAAAUAUUUCAAUGUCUCAAAAAGUGCUGAUGAUAAAAAGUUGAAAUUAUCACUGAUAAUACUUCACAUAGCUUUGUCAGUGUAGAAUGAAUAAAAUAUAGGGAUACAAAUUACAGGUAUGACCCAUCAAUUCGAAAUUUGUACAAUACUACUGUAUUAGUUCAACCCUAUUUAAUGCCUAAGAUAUCCUGUAAAAUGUAAAUGUUGAAUUAUUUUACCUUCUUUCCAUAUCUCUCUUGAUAUUUUCAUUUUUCUUAUUUUUCACAAACGUUUUCAUUCACAAAUUGCUAUCAACACUUGAGAAUCAUUUUGAAAGCGAUUUAGCACAUUUUCACUUGCCAUAUAGGUUACAGGCCACAAAUUGAUUUCCCAUAGUUCUAUCCUUACAUUGUUGUCUGUAUGGCCUUCUAUAAAUUAUUUAUAUGUAGUCUGUAGAUUUUCUCACAUUUAUUCUCAGAAACUACCAUGGUUCUGGUCCACCAAAAUAACUGACGAACAACGCCAUUAGUAAUACUUUAUUUUUAUUUUUAUUCGCGCGAAUGAUAUGAAUCCCUGUGUUGCAUUGUUAGCACGGCAGGAGAAAACUGUUUCAUUGAGCUUUUUUCCAAUACACAUAAAAUGUAGAAAAUACUGUCAAAAUGUAAAAUAAUGUAAACGCUGUAAAAAGGUUCAAUUUUCAACCUUCUUCAUGACCAGUCAAAAAGGACUGAACGUUACCUUAAUGCCAGAUAUACGAUUACCUUACUCCUAGUAAGUUCUCUGUACUUUCAUGAACUGAUGGUUUCUAUCCUAUAUUCUAACACACCCGAUUCAUUUUCCUAUCAAACAAAGAAGACUGAAAAUUGUGUGUUAUUAUACACCAAGUCAUUUCUCUGACGUCACAAUUAUUACGUCACAGCGUCAAACGGCAUAGCGGCGCGCUGGAAAAGAAACCAACAAAACAGGCAAAUAUUUAAUGGAUGUCGUCAAGGAUGUACUUUAAAACACUCAAUAACGUGUUAGAAUCGAAAUAAUAUAUCUCAUUUAGUGAUUUUCUCUUUAAUAAAAAGUCAUUGUCGUUUAGAUGCGUAUAAAUAUAUCAUUUCGGCUGUGCCCUCGUGAUAUACUUCCUACGCAUCUGAACCCGAUCCAAACGAUGAUUUUAUUCAGCUAUAAAUCACUAAAUGAGAUAUAUUAUUUCUUAAAUGACGUUGAUACAUGACGUCUACGUCAGAACGCGACUUUGUUCGGGUUACUUUAGGUUAUUAUUAUUAUGGCGUGUGAGGCACGGUUGUCAAUAUACGUCAACGUCGACCGUUAUGAUCCUUGUUACUACUUAUAGUAAAGUGUAUAAUAAAUUAAAUAAUAUUAACUGAAAAGAAAGUAGACAUUUGUACAACUUAGGUAAAAGGAAAACAAACAAAAACAAUACUAAUCCCAAAAUUAGAAUUUGACAAUUAAAUAAUUAGAUCGGUAAGUUUACAAACAAGCUUAAAAAUUCAAAAAGGCAACAAAGGCUUAAGUUUCUGAAUUUAAGUACAGCACAUACCGGACUUUUGCAUACAUUGCAUUGGCUUAAAAUUAUCUCCCCUGUUAACACCUGUCAUGCUGACUCGCUUGCAAAACAAGUAUUGAAUCAUAUAGGGAAUUUGUUUUUAAACAUUUAAAACACCAAUAAUUAUUUAUUUGUCAUAAUUUUAUAAUCUAUAUUCCCAAUUUACAUUUCCAAGUUUAAGGGUUUGUUUCUACAUUUAAUGAUAAAAUGCCAAUAUUUUAAAACCUUUAUUCUGUAUCUAUAUUUUCCAUUCUUUUAGACGAUGCCAUUUUGAAAAAGAUAUUUUGUUAGGAAAUUGCUUCCAACUUCCUGUCAAAUAGUUGAAAUCAUUUGACUUAAAAUAUCUGCGGCCAUUUUGGUGAAUUGAAACCGUAGUGAUUAUGGCAUACAGACACUCAGUCCUCAGAUUUUUCGCUCUGUAGAGCUAUUUUCCUUAUUUUCUUUGAUUUUUUUUUUUUUUUUUUUUUUUUUGCAGUUUGUUUGUUUGACUGACACUAUUUUUUUUUUGCAUCAAACAUGACCCCCACUUUUCUUUUGACUUUUUUUCAGCACUGACACUAUUCUUCAAGAAAAUGUACGUUGCAGAAUUUUAGAAUGGGUCCUGAUGUGUGCUGCGGCAAUUGGAAAUAUGUCAAUUUUAUAUAGAAUAAAGAAGAACAGCUAUUUAGUGUGUUGUAACCUUAUUGCUUGAAGAAUUUAUUGUAAUAUGUUUAUUUGAAAUACAGUUUUAAUUUUAGAUAUAUGUAUGUUUGCUUGUAUGGGAACUUGUCCUAAACAGUUUUAAAUAUGGCAUAUUAGAUCACUAAAACUCUUGUAUUCUCACACAAUAACAGCACAAUUGUUGUUAAAGAAAUUGAGUUUCAUUGCACAUGUAUUUCAUUAUUAUCAUUAUUAUUCGCUCUCUUUAAGAAAUUUAAUGUCUAAAUCGAAGAAGUAUGUAACACAUUUUAAUCAAUUUGAAAGAAAAUUAUCAAAUAAAGCUUUUAAUUGCUUAAUCAGAAAUGAUUUCUUGUUAUAUAUAUAUAUAUUACACUGUGAACUUUGUAAUGACUUAAUAUUCAAUAUUUUAGGUACCGUUAUCUCGAGUAACUUGUUCAAUGACCUGGAUAUUAAUGGAAAACUGAAAUAUUUGUUAAAUUCAUACCCUAGAAAAAUCCCUAAAUACUUGUCAAAAGCUUACCUGUGCAGACGAACCGUUAUGUCUUCGUGACUAAUGACUAUGGUAGUCCAUGAAUGAAUAUUCAAAAUUUAUUCAUUUUUUGUUGGGUUUAACGUCGUACCGACACAAUUUUAGGACAUAUGGCGAUGAUAUGACCUAGUGACCUAGCUUUAUAUCCUAGAUAACCUUACUUUAAAUUUGUUAAACAAUUUAUGCAUAUAGGAAAUACCACCCCUGUGAAUCUGCGCUGCUUCGGUUGGUUAAUGAUUUUCUACGUGGUACGAAGAAAAAGGAAGUCACGGCCCUUAUUGCAAUUGACUUAAGUGCGGCAUUUGACACUGUCGACCACGAACUUCUUUUAGAUGUCCUAAAAGCACAGUAUGGUGUCUGUGAAACAGCUCUUCAAUGGGCUGACUCGUACUUGUAAAAUUAAUAUCAACAAUGUAUAUUCAUCAGACCGCCAUCUUGAAAGCAGUGUGCCCCAAGGCAGUUGCCUUGGUCCGUGGUUGUAUCUCACCUAUGCUGGAACUCUUUUAGAUGUCAUUCCAAAAAUCCAUAUCAGUCUACGGUUUUGCUGAUGAUCAUAUAGAAAAUAAAAGCUGUCGUCCUACAUCUGUUUCCGAAGAAUUACAAGCGAUCGGAGACCUUGAACAGUGUGCAGUUAUAAUCAAUGACUGGAUGAACAGAAACAAACUGAAAAUAAACACUUCAAAAACUGAAUUUAUUAUGUUUGGUAGCAGACCUCAAUUGAACAAAUGUUUUACAAAUUCAAUUAACAUUGCGGGUGAUGAUAUUAAACGUAAAAGCACAAUUAGAUAUCUCGGUGCAUUUCUUGACGAAACCUUGAACUUUGAAGAUCAUGUAAAUCGCAAAUGUCGUACAGCCAUGUUGUAUUACCUACGAAUUAAGAACAUCCGUGAAUAUUUAUCAAAAGCAGCCACUGAAAUUUUAGUUUUGUCUCUAGUUAUUUCACAUCUGGAUUACUGCGAUGUCAUACUGUAUGGUGUAGCUAACUUUGAGGUGCGUAAGAAUCAACGUAUUCAAAACAUGUGCGGAAAACUUAACUGAGGGAAAUUUGACAGUUCUAAAGAAGCAUUGUAUGACCUGCAUUGGUUGCCGGUGAAAGUAAGGAUUGAGUUCAAGAUACUUUCUUUCAUGGAUAGCUGUCACAUUGGCAGAAUACCAAUGUAUUUAACAGAAUUGCUUACACAGUAUGUUCCUAUUAGACAAGGCUUGAGAUCUUCAGAAAAUUCUGAAUAUCGUUAUAUUGUUCCAUACAACAAGUGCAAAACUUUCAAUGAUAGAAAUUUCUGUACUAUUGGUCCAAAACUGUCGAAUAAACUGCCGUUAAAACUACGCAAAAGUAAAUCACUUGAUACAUUCAAAAAAAUCUUAAGGCACUGUAUUUCAGAGACUUCGUGUCAUUGUUCUAAAUUUUUUGGUAACUGUUUUAUAUGCGAUAGUCGCAGAUGAUAUUUUUUUUAAUUUUUGUAAAAGGCUUUACAUUUCAAGAUUAAUAUUUUCCAAGUUUGCUUAAUUGAACGUAAUUGUUGGUACAUGCUCUAUGGGUAGGGUAGUGUGUAGUAUUUCUUUUUUUCCAAAACGUCUUUGAUAGCACCAUUAACCAGGGGGUUUGAACCUCUAUAUGCAGCCCGUCUGGGAAUACCAUUUAAGGCUUUAGUACAGGUAUUCUCAAUAGAGGUAAAACAACCUCAGGGGGAGGGGUGCGGUCAUGACAUUUUGUUUAAAUACGGCUGUUAUGAUUGUUUUUAUUAUUAUUGUCGUUAUUAUUA